AUGGGCACCGACGACUUCCGGCUUCCAACUGAAGAAGAAUUAGAAGAGGAGGCUAAACGACCGCCGGACAGCGGGAUGCUGCAACAGCGAGUGCAGGAGAUCCUGCGAGUGCUGGUGAACUUUAAAGAACGACGAGCUGAGAAUAGCUCGCGGGCAGACUACAUGAGUCAGCUGGAGAAGGACCUCUGCGCCCUGCACGGCUACGUCCCCUUCCUCAUCCAGCUCUUCCUCCAGCUGUUCCCCCCUGCCGAGGCGAUCGAGUUCUUGGAAGCGAGUGAGAGGCAGCGGCCGGUAACGCUGCGGACCAACACGCUGAAGACGAGGAGGAAGGAGCUUGCGACCGCUCUCAUCGCUCGCGGCGUCAACCUCGACCCCAUCGACCGCUGGAGCUCCGUGGGGCUCGUCGUCUACGACUCUUCUGUGCCGGUCGGAGCGACGCCUGAGUACCUGGCGGGUCACUACAUGCUCCAAAGUGCCUCCUCCUUUCUCCCCGUCAUGGCGCUGAGCGCAGGAGAGCACGAGAAGGUGCUGGACAUGUGCGCAAGCCCCGGAGGGAAGACGACCUACAUCGCAGCGAUGAUGAAGAACGCGGGCAUGAUCGUCUCUAACGACGCCAACGAGAAGAGACUCAAGUCGCUGGUCGGGAACAUCCAGAGGAUGGGAGUGAGGAACGCGGUCGUGACCAACUACGACGGGCGGCUGCUCCCCUCGGUCUUCUCCUCCUUCGAUCGCGUGCUCCUGGACGCUCCUUGCAGCGGGCUCGGCGUCAUCUCCAAAGAUCCAACGGUGCGGAUGCAGAAGGACGAGGGAGACAUCCAACGCUGCUCGGCCCUGCAGAAAGAGCUCAUCCUCGCUGCCAUCGACUGCGUCGACGCCUCGUCCAAGACUGGAGGCAUCAUCGUCUACUCCACCUGUACCAUCACGGUGGAGGAGAACGAAGCUGUCAUCGACUAUGCGCUCAAGAAGAGGCACGUCAAGCUCUUAGAUACAGCAGGGCUUGACUUCGGAGUGCCGGGCUACGGGAGGUACCGGGGGAAGCAGUUCCAUCCCUCCGUCUCUCUCACCCGCCGCUUCUACCCGCACGUGCACAACAUGGACGGGUUCUUCGUCGCCAAGCUCAAGAAGCUCUCCAACGCCAAGACGGCGAAGCCUCAGGAGGAGGCGAAAGAGCAAGCGAAGAAGAAAUCGCAGGGCAAAGCCAAAGUAGACGAGGAGGAGGAAGACGCUGAGGAGGGAGACGGGGAGGAGGAGGAGGAGGAGGAGGAGGAGGAGGGCCAGGAAGAAGGGGAAGAGGGCGAGGAGGAGGAGGAGGAGGAGGAGGAUGAGAGUCAAUGA